GUGAUGAAUACUGGUGCGUGCAGGGAAAGUGAAUUGUUAAACUAUUUAGACCGUUGAGAAUUGCACCCUGAAGAUGAGAUUAGUGAUGAAAAUCUUCGUUCCAAUUGUGUUAUUGGCAACGGUAACGCAAGGAAAUUUCAUCAACCCGCCAAAUUUCUACAGCCUGGAUCUAAAAAAUUUCCAGUACUUCAAAUACCCAGGACGAUUAACGCCUCAUGGUGUGCAACCAAUCUAUCCAGAACCGUCACUGGCCCAGCGACUUAAGGCCAUCUAUCGGUACUUCCGCACCGUACAUGUGGGUCAUCCUAUUCAAAAGAAUAUCUACAAUAUCCCGGUCGAUCCCAAGCGAGGACUUCAGUUACGGGCAGCCUACAAGCGUCAGUUUGGCUACCGCGGCGAGAACCUGAUUGCUCUAAUCGGGAAUGGCCACUCACCCCAGGAACUGCGAUAUUAUGGAGCGAUAGGGCGAGAUUUUGGUCAGUACUGACGGAACAAAGACUGUUGUGUAGAUUGUGUUCAUAUGUGUGCGAGAAAUUAGUAUAAUUAAUAAA